AUGAAACCAUUAGUUGAGAUGCUUCUGUUCCGGGUUCCUUCCCAACUUCACUCCAUCGUCAAACGAACACCAACGAUAACAGUCAGCCAUCGUUUCAACAGCUUCCUAUCAACCAGAUCUUACCAUCAAACCCAUCAACAUAUGCCCAGCAUGAACCGAGAGGAGAACAUCUUGCCGCCACCGAUCAACACCGGCAAACGAUUGGAAGGAGUCAAGGAGCUGAUGAAAAACAACCACGUUUCGAUCUACGUCGUACCCACAGAGGAUGCUCACGGAAGUGAAUAUAUCUGUCCAGCCGAUGCCAGGCGAGAGUAUAUCACCGGCUUUACCGGGUCCGCCGGAACAGCCUUGGUCUUGCUCGAUCAACCACGGAGUCUGCUCUUCACGGAUGGCAGAUACUUCAAUCAAGCCGCAAAGCAACUUCAUCCUUCGCAUUGGACCUUAAUGAAACAGGGGCUCGAAGGUGUGCCUACUUGGCAAGAAUACCUCAUCAAGGCUGCUGCUGAUCAUCUCGACAACGUUGAUGGUCAGAAUCCGACCGGGUUGCAAAUCGGGAUUGAUCCUGCUCUGUUCAGCGUCAAGGACUCUCACGAUCUAUCUGCGAAGCUCGAGGUGCAUUCAGCCAAGCUGAUCAGCUUAAAAGACAACUUGGUCGACAUCGAAUGGGCCUCUUCAAGACCAGAGAGACCGCACAAUCAACUCAGGAUAUUGGAGCUCAAGUAUUCCGGCAAAUCGACCUCUGAGAAGUUGGAAAAGAUUCGAGAUCGAUUAAAAUCAUUGAAUGAUUCCAAACGAGACUUGAUUGGGGUCGUGGUUAGCGCACUGGAUGAAGUCGCUUGGUGUCUGAAUCUCAGAGGAAGUGAUAUUGCAUAUAACCCGGUAUUCUUUUCUUACCUAUGGAUUGAUAUUCUAGAGCAAGUUAUUCUAUUUGUAAACGAAAAACAACUUAACCCGAAUCUCAAUCAGUAUCUACGAGAAAAUGGUAUUCAAACUAGACCCUACGAUUCCGUAUGGACGUUUUUACAGGAGCUCCAUGAUAGCAAGCUGAAAUCUACAAGCUCAUCUGCGAUCCCGCAUGGAAAGGUACUAAUCUCGCCAACUACCUCUCUGGCAGUUGAAAGCCAUCUUGGCGGAGAAUCUAACACGAUCCAAUUGAGAUCGCCCCUCCAAGAUCUCAAAGCGAUCAAAAAUGCGACCGAGAUCGAAGGAUUCAGGAAUGCCCACCUGCGUGAUGGAGCAGCUCUAGUGACUUACUUCGCCUGGCUCGAAGAGAAUCUCUUGGCUCCCGAUGCGAAACCUUUGAACGAAUAUGAUGCGGCCCUCAAAUUGGAAUCUUUUAGGAAACAGUUGGGCGGAGAAUUCUUCCAAGGUCUCAGCUUUGAUACGAUCUCUAGUUCCGGAAAGAAUGCAGCGAUUAUCCACUAUAGCCCUCCUGCGACCGGGUCAGCUAUCAUCGACAAAGAUCAAGUCUACCUAUGUGAUUCAGGUGCCCAAUACCUUGAUGGUACGACUGACGUGACUCGGACCUGGCACUUUGGUGUUCCGACAGCCGAAGAAAAACGGGCAUGCACGCGUGUCUUACAAGGUCAUAUCAAUAUUGAUCAGAUGAUCUUCCCUGAGAAAACAACGGGCUAUCAAUUGGAUGCGUUUGCCAGACAAUACCUCUGGCUCGAUGGCCUUGAUUAUCGCCAUGGCACUGGACACGGUGUUGGUCAUUUCCUGAAUGUACAUGAAGGGCCGCAAGGAAUUGGAACUCGACCACAAUGUGAUCAAAUCAGCUUGAAAGCCGGUAUGACUGUAUCCAAUGAGCCUGGUUACUAUAAAGAUGAAGGCUUUGGUAUACGGAUUGAAUCAGUUGUCGUUGUCAAAGAAAUCAAACGCUUUAGUCCUGACCCUCCAAACGAAAACAACACUAAACCGUUUUUGGGCUUCGAGAAUUUGACGAUGUGUCCGAUCCAAACUAAACUUUUAGACCUCAGCUUGCUAAACCCAAAUCAGAUUGGAUGGAUUAAUUCGUACCAUCAACUCGUUUUAGAUAAAUUGAGCCCAUUUUUAACCCAUGAUUCAAGAACACUGAACUGGCUGAAGAAAGAAUGCCAACCGAUUCCAAGCAACUAG